CAGGAAUUACAGGCAGCAACUUUCGAAUAUAUACAUAUACAUAUACACUCUAUAUGAUUACUCUCGUGCGACUAUCAUCCUCAUAAAUCGCCCGAGUAAACAUGACGGGCAUUACACCACAAACCAGGGGAGACCCCCCUCCAGCAGAGGUCGACUACAAUUCGAGUUCGAGUCUGCGUGCUCGUUCGAAUGCAGCCUCGGCUCAUUCCGAGCACCACGAUGCGACAGACCUUCACACGCACGAACAGACGCCUCUACUAGGCGACUCUAGACCACCGCACGACUCCGAUGAGACGAGCCUCUCGCCCUCGGGCCAUGACUACGACCAUGAGGACGAAAGCCCGCAACACAAAUGGUGGAAGGCGAGCGUCUUCUGGCUCUUCCCCUUUCUGAUCCUUUACAUGCUGGGAUUCGGGGGCACGGCGGUCCCCAAGAUCAACCUAAUGGUGACGCUGGUGUGCAAGGACUACAUGGCAAAGAAAGCCAGCCAGAAUCCCGGGUUCACGUACCUGCCGGUGAUCAUCGGGAGCGACAACGCGCAGUGCCAGAUCCCGGAGGUGCAGUCGCAGGUGGCGCGGUUCCAGCUGUACUACAACCUGGUGGCGGGGAUCCUGUCGGCGCUGGUGUGCCCGCGGCUGGGCCACCUGUCGGACCGGCACGGGCGGACGCGUGUGAUCGCGCUGAGCACGCUGGCGACGGUGGUCGGGGAGGCGAUCACGCUGUUCGUGGCGGCGCAGCCGGACCUGGUCUCGGUGAACGUGCUGCUGGGCGCGGCGUUCGUGGACGGGCUGGGCGGCUCGUUCACGACCAUCAUGGCGCUGACGGCCUCGUACGCCUCAGACUGCACGCUGCCCGCCCACCGCAGCGUCGCCUUCAGCUACCUGUACGGGGCGCUGUUCUCGGGGCUGGCGGCGGGCCCGCUGCUGGCCGCCGUCCUGAUCAAACGCACCGGCCAGGUCCUGGACGUCUUCACGGCCUCGCUCGUCCUCCACAUCCUCUUCCUGGUGACCAUCCUGCUCCUGGUCCCGGAAUCCCUCUCCCCCGGCCGCCAGGCCGCCUUCCGGGACCGCCACCGCAAGCACCUGCACGACCAACCCCCGAAACCCAUCUGGGACACUCUGAACCCAAAACACCUCCUUACCCCACUCGCCGUGCUCCUCCCGCCCGUCGGGCGACCGAGCCCCCUCUUCCCCAACGCGGGGGGCGCCACUCCGGCCCUCCGCCGGAACAUCAUCCUCCUCACGACCCUAGACACCCUCGCCUUCGGCGUGGCCCUCGGCUCGGCGCAGGUCAUCAUCAUGUACGCCGAGUACAAGUUCGGAUGGGGCAACGUGGAAUCCAGCCUCUUCAUCUCCAGCAUCAGCAUCAUCCGCGUCCUGAACCUCUUCGUAAUCUACCCCAUCAUCACCGCCAUCUUCCAACCCGCCCAGGGCCCAUCCACCCACCACCCCGCCGCGCAAAAGAAAAUCCCCGGCUCCUCCCCUUACGAGAUCAGCCUCAUCCGCAUCUCCAUCCUCCUCGACACGCUGGGCAAUAUCGGUUACGCCCUUGCCUUCAACGGCGCCCUCAUGACCUUCUCGGGCGUGAUCCUGGCGCUGGGCGGCAUGGGCGUCCCCACGCUGCAGUCCUCGCUGACCAAGCACGUGCCCCGCGAGGGGCUGGGCCAGAUUCUCGGCGCGAAGGGGCUGCUGCACGCGCUGGCGCGCAUCUUCGCCCCGACCGUGUGUUCGCUCAUCUACAGCGUCACCGUCGGCCGGUUCACCCCGGCCAUCUUUGUGGUGCUGGCGGCGGUGUUUGGGGCCGCGUCGGCGGCAAGCUGGUGGAUUCGGCCGUUCGGUUAGUUCUUCCCUUGUUCCUUACUGGGGUUUUGUGCAGAUGGCUUCUUGUGCAGGUAGUUCUUCUCAGGGGUAUGCUAACAAUUGAUAUGUGUCUGGGUAGUGGGUCUGGAUGAUGAGUCGUUACGGUCCUCGGCGCCCCAGUACAAUGAGGAAGGAGUCCACCCAAACAGGGGGGAGUCGGAGGAACCUCCAGAAAGUGAAGCAGCGGAGGGGGUGCGGUUGGCGGACGAGCCGGUUCUACCUUGACCACAAUCUUAGGGUCUCAUGUAGCUCAGGUAAGCUAUACCCCCUAAACCACAAGCCACGUUUCUUUAUAUACUCCUAGAGGCUGGACUAUGCUAUACACCUCUACUACCCAAAGUCUGAACCCAAUAUAAGCCUGUGGUUCAAUGCUAUCAUUAAGAACA